AUGGACAUGUCCACAGCUCUGAGGCGACUAUACAAGGAACUGGCUGACAUCACCAAUGACCCCCCGCCCUUGUGCUCUGCGUGGCCAGUGGACGAUGACAUGUUCACAUGGAAGGGGGCCAUCUCGGGUCCCACUGACAGCCCCUAUGAAGGAGGCAUGUUCUUCCUUAACAUACAAUUCCCAGGCAACUACCCCUUCAUGCCCCCACAGAUUUACUUCACCACUCCGAUCUACCACCCCAAUAUCAACCGGAGAGGCUACAUCUGUCUCAAUAUUUUCAGUUCCCAGUGGUCUCCCAUAAUGACCAUAUCCAAAGUCCUGUUGUUCAUCAGCUCCAUUCUCUGUGACCCCAACCCCAAUGAUGCCUUUGUUCCCUCCAUCGCCAGGAUGUACUUAAAGGACAGGGACACCUAUGUUAGCAUGGCCCGCGCUUGGACCAAGAAGUAUGCCAUGUGA